UCUGUAGUCGAACUAAAUCCGCUUUACUGAGACGAUCAUCCUCACAUGAUGAUGUCAUACAUCUCCGUGCAGAACACACGACAGUCAGCACGUCAUUGUUGUGUCUGAGCAUCACUUUGAAGGUUUCAUCCGUGAUCAUUUAUGAGACUUUAAAUAGCGUGAAGAGUUGAAGUCGCCCAGAAUGCCUCUCUGUAGGUGUUUGUCAUGUUUCUCAGGAGAAAACGGGAAAUGUGACAGCUAGAUGGCUUUGUAGUCGAGUUUCGUAUCCCGACCUGAUGCGCUGUUGUUGGAACCGGUCCGACCGCUGCUGGGAAACUAAACUAAACUGCCUCAAAUGCCACGAACACCAGAAAUGAGCUUUUCCACAUUUUAUUUGCGGUGGAUUUUCCUGCCCGUCCUGUGGGUUGCAGGUUUCCCUCUUGAAGAGAUUAAGACAGAGAGUAAGAGCUUUGCCUUCACUGCUGGUCUUGCGUCUAGACUUGAAUGCAUCACUGAUAGUCCGAAUGUGAGCUGGAGUCGCGUUCCCAGCCAGAGCUUGGAGAACAUCAGUGGAAUAACCAUUAAAGACCAUGUGCUCUGGUUCCUCCCGGCUCGGCCCGUCCACAGCGGACAAUACUCGUGCCUCAGAAGAGAAGGCAACGAUACCUGGGAAACAAUAUACACCGUCUCCGUUCGGAAUGAAACAUGCCCCCCUAUGAACAGACAACAAGAAGUAAUGAGCACAAAGGAACUUGAAUGUUUCCUCCCUCACAUCUUUGAGUUGGACCCUGGAGCUCAAGUCACCUGGAGAAACCACUGCCAUCCUCUCAAUGUGACGUACAGUAAGUUUUUCCCGGUGAACAGAUCUCCGGAGAGCGCUGGAGAGUACACUUGCUUUGUGAACUUUACUUUUGAAGGGCAAAACUACUUUGCUGCCCAGACUACAGAAAUCAACUUCCGGUCUCGAGAUUUUGUGGUGACGAAGCCUGAAAUCCUCCUCCCAAAAGAAGAAACUUUCACAGUAACACUUGGUAAAAGUUUCAAUCUGAGCUGCCAAGCUCUCGCUGGGAAGAACGACAUGGGAGAGACUUCGAUAUACUGGUAUAGUGACUCUGACUCUCUCGAUGUGAACUACAGCCAGAGCAUCACCUUUAAGGACGGCCGGAAGUACAUGCAGGCUGUCUUGUCCAUCUCAGAAGUCACAGCUGAAUAUCUGUACACUGAUCUCACCUGUAUGGUUCAACAUUCCGCAGGUUCAGAUUCUGUUACAGUCAUACUCAUCCCAGCUAGUCAGAAGGAGCGUAAUUUCUGGAUCUGUUUCGGUCUGGUGGCUCUUGUCUUUUUACUGGGUGCCGUGGCGUUUCUCGGUCGAGUCGAUCUGGUUCUGGCCUACAGGCGUGUGUGUCCGUCUGCUGCCGGACGCAGUGAUGGAAAGUCAUAUGAUGCGUAUGUGAGUUAUCUCCAUGGUGAUCAGCUCAGCUCAUCUUCUGCAAUGACCUUUGCCCUGCGUUUCCUUCCUGCGGUGCUUGAAGAUCUUUAUGGUUACAAACUGUUCAUCAGUGGACGUGAUGAGCUUCCUGGGGAAGCGGUGCAUGAAGUGGUGGCUGACAGAAUGAGCCGAAGUCGAAGGCUGAUCAUCGUUCUCACAUCACAGAGCUGCGCGGCGUCUCAGACCGACCCUACCAAGAGACCCCUCGUAUCAGAGUACGGUGUGCGACUGGAAGAAUCGUCCUCGGUCUACGAGCAGCGAGUGGGUCUCUAUGACGCUCUGGUGAAGCAGGGUCUGAAGGUCAUCCUGGUGCAGGUGGAGGACGGCGUCGAGGAGGCUCUGCUGCCCGAGUCUCUGCGGUACAUCUGCCGCACCAGAGGCAUCCUGAGAUGGAGGCAGAACGGCGGAGAUCACGCAAACAGAAGGUUCUGGAAAUACGUGCGUUACCACAUGCCUCCAGCUCAGAAGCGCUGAACGCAGCGUGAUGAACUAGUGCAGCCGCACUGUUUGUGUUUACAACAGCCAGAACUUUUACAGCCAGAACUGGCUCUUUUAUUUGUUAUUGUUUUUAGUUAUUAAUUAUAAUUAUUUUUAUUAAAAAACAGUGAAAUUUUAUUAGUUCUAUUUUGAACUACAGUUAGUUUCAGACAAGUUACUGUUAAUUAUUUUUACAGAAAAUAAAAAACAAUGCAAUAAAAAC